UUUGCCAUCUCUAGAAAAAAGCGAAAAUCAUCUUGAGUCCGUGCAAACCAUUUAACAAAAUAAGCGAAAAAGAUGGCCACCGUGGAAACGCUGUACAAGGAACUGACCGCCGAAUGGGCGAAGCGACCCCCGAACACCGCCAGAUGCGGGCAGCUGCUGGAUCAACUGAAGGUGGCCCUGGUGAAGAUGGCCUUCCUGCCCACGGACGGUAACGACGCCCAGACAUCCAAGAAGCAACUGCUGCUGGCCAGGAGCGUGCUCGAGGUGGCCGUGGAGCACAGCGUGCUCAGCAAGGACCUGCUCGCCUUCGAGCGCUACAUGGCGCAGCUUAAGUGCUACUACUACGACUACGCGAAGAUCAUCGGCGAGUCGGAGAGCAAGUACAAGCUGCUGGGUCUCAAUCUGCUAUACCUCCUCUCCGGCAACCGGGUGUCCGACUUCCACACGGAACUGGAGCUGCUAUCCGUCGAUGUCAUUCAGCACAACCAGUUCAUCCGGCCCAUUCUUGCCCUGGAGCAGUAUAUCAUGGAGGGGCGCUACAACAAGAUCUUCCAGGCCAAGUCGACGGUGCCCGCCGAGGUGUACAGCCACUUCAUGGACCUGCUGGUGGAGACGGUGCGCGACGAGAUCGGCGCCUGCAUCGAGAAGUCUUACGACAAGAUCUCCGCCAAGGAUGCGGCCAAGCGGCUCAACCUGCGCGUCCCCGACGAGAUUAAGGCGUUUGGCGAGAAGCGCCAGUGGAAACUGGAGGCCAGCGGUGACUACAGCUUCACGGACCGCAGCGUCAAGCCCAAGGAGCUUCUGCCCUCCGAGGAACUGGCCGAGCAAGUGCUCAGCUACGCCCGCGACCUCGAGAUGAUAGUCUAAGUCUAAAACAGUUUACGGCCUUUAAUAUUUGGUUAAGAUACACCAGAGUAAAGUUAAUAAAUAUAGUGCUUCUUUCUGAAA